AUGGCAGGGAAGCCUGUCAAGAAGAGCUCCAUUCCUGGUGUGACCAUCAGGCAGCUGGUGGAUGAGAUUCCAGAAGGAUGCAGCACUCCCGAUUUUGAGCGGAAGCCCAUCACAAUGGCUCUACCAGAAGGAAAAAACGCCAUCUUCCGGGCUAUGGUCUCUGGGGAGCCCAGACCUGAGGUGCAAUGGUAUCGUAGCAACGGUGAUCUCAGUGACCCUAAUAAGUACAAAAUCUCCCAAUCAGGAGGCAGUGAACAUGUGCUUCAGAUCAACAAGCUGACAGGAGAUGACACAGACAUUUACCGAUGCAUAGCUGUGAAUGCAUAUGGAGAAGCUAUGUGCUCAGCAAGGCUGACAGUCAUUGAAGUUGGUUUUCGGAAGAAUCGGAAGAGACACAAUGAACCCCAGGAAGACCAUAGGAAGGAGCUUAUGAAUUUUCGGAAUAUCCUGAGGAAGCGGGCACCUCCUCCUCCACCAGAGAAGAAGAUGGACCCAGAACAAGUGUGGCAAUUGCUGAUGAAUUCUGAUCGGAAAGACUAUGAGCGGAUCUGCAUGAAAUAUGGGAUUGUAGACUUCAGGGGGAUGCUUAGGAAGCUUCACCAGAUGAAAAAGGAACAUAAAGACAAGAUAUCUCAGUAUGUCAAUACCAUCUCCAAUCUGAGACACAUCAAGGUCACCAAGAAUGGAGUUGCGACAUUUGACCUAGAACUUGACCUCAAAAAUUUUGAAAGCGAAAUUUACUUGUACAAGGACGGUGAGAUGAUUCCCUAUGCCUAUGGAAAUGAGAGCAAGUACUGCUUGAGGCGUUUGGGAAAGCACUACUAUUUCCACAUUCAGGACCUUCGACCGGAGGAUGCUGGCAUUUACCAGAUCAAGGUGGAGGAUGUGGAGGUGUUUUCUACUGAACUGGAGGCAGAUGCCAUCCCUGCCAGGGUUGUGAAUCCCCUGACUGAAACUCAAUGUGAGGUACAGGAAGAUGCUGUAUUUGAAUGUACCCUCUCCAGUCCCUGCCCACAUGCCUUCUGGCAGUUUCAACACCGACUCCUCCGGCCCAGUGACAAGUAUGAGGUGUCUGUGUCUCCUGAUGGCCUGACCCACCAGCUGGUGGUGAGAGGGGCCCAGUAUUCAGACAUGGGCCUUUACUCUCUUCGCACUGGCCUCCAUUCUUCUAGUGCUUGGUUGGUGGUAGAAGGUGAGAAGAACAAAGGUUUCCUGCCUUCAAGAGAGGGAAAAACAGAUGAUGGUGGCAACAAUAGAAGAAAUAGACUUCAAGAUGAAGAAUCCCAGUUUUCGGACAUACACGAUUCAGGGAAACUCAGAAAGGAAGUGAAACCAGGAGAUUGGAGUUACCUGGGGGGAUCUGUCAAGGAUGAUGGUCAUAUCACAGGGCCAUCAGGUCACUUUUCCCAAGGCCUAGCUGACACGGAAGCCCAGAAAGGGGAAGAAGCUGUGCUCUCUUGUACCCUGACCGGCGACCUGGUAACUGGUGCCUGGUUCAAGGAUGGAGUGAAGCUCACUGCCCAAGAUGGGGUCAUCUUUGAGCAAGACGGCCCCAAUUACAGACUCCGAAUACCCCAAGUGCAGGAGGCCCAGGCUGGAAAAUACAUGUUUGUAGCCGGGGAUGACAUGAGUGAGGCUACUCUGAGCAUCCGAGAACCCCCAACCAUUGCCCAAGAUAUGCUGGAGAAAUUGAAAGAACCAUUGGUGGUCAAGGCAGGGAAGACUGUCAGCGUGAAGAUCCCAUUUUCAGGAGAAACCCCUGUUCAAGUUGCCUGGAGGAAGAAUGGGGCAGAAGUGGAGGGAGGCAACAAGGGAGCCCAGCUGGAGCAGGGGGACAACUUCACCCGCCUGUGCCUCCCCAGUGCCAGUCGCAAGGACAGUGGGCAGUACAGUGUGAAACUGAAGAAUGCAGGGGGCUCAGUGGAGGCUCGACUCACCCUGGAAGUCAUAGACAAGCCGCAGCACCCACAAGGCCCUCUGAAGGUCCAGUACUGUCGGGGGGCGGGCAUCAACCUGAGCUGGCAGCCUCCGAGGGAUGAUGGGGGCCGAACUGUGCUGACCUAUGUGGUAGAAAGGCAGCAGUCUGAUAGGACCAUCUGGCUGAAGCUUGGCGAAACCCCUGGAAAUGUCACCACCUUCUCUGAUACCCAAGUGGAACAAGGAAAGAAGUAUACCUUCCGAGUACGGGCGGUGACCUCAGAGGGCUCCGGAGAGGCUCUAGUGUCAGAGGAGCUGCUGGUGGCCUCUGAAGUUCGUCCUAGACCCCCUUCAGCUCCAACCAUUACAUCUGCUACCAGUCAGGGUAUCACCCUUGCCUGGACAGCACCCCAGGGCCCAGGUGGUGCUCACCAACUUGGCUACUUGAUUGAGAAGAGGAAGAAAGGAAGCAAUACAUGGACAGUUGUCAAUGAUCAGCCUGUUUCUGAGAGGAAAUGGACGGUAACGGAUGUGCUUCAGGGCUGUCAAUAUGAGUUCCGAGUGACUGCUGUGGGGGCAUCUGGCCCUGGUGAGCCUGGACCUCCAUCAGAUGCGGUUUUUGCGCGAGACCCUAUGAGACCCCCUGGCCCUGUCCGGGAUCUCCAAGUAACUGACACAUCCCACACCAGCAUCACACUGAGCUGGGCCAAACCAGACCCCCAGGCUGGGGAUGAAGUCCAGGGCUACAUAGUAGAACUGAAGAGCUCAGAGAGUCUCCAGUGGAGUCGCUGCCACAUGGGCACCGUGAUUGGCACUACUUACACUAUCAAGGGACUACGACCACAAGAGAACUACUUCCUGAGGGUAAUAGCUGUCAAUGAUGGGGGUCAGGGUCAGCCCACCCCUUUGGACACCUGCAUCCAGGCCAUGCCUGCAUAUGUUUGUCCCAAGUUCCUCAUGGAUACCACCACCACAAACUGUGUGACUGUCAAGUCUGGGAAUACUGUCCGAGUUCCUGUUUUCUUUGAGGCUUCCCCCAUGCCAGAGGUGAUUUGGCUGAAAGAUGGGCUGCCCCUGUCCAAGAGGACAGUCACCACCAUCAAAGAUGGCCUCACUCAACUUCUAAUUCCUGUGGCUAGCCUCUCAGAUGGUGGCCUUUACACUGUGAAGCUGAGGGACCUACAGGAGAAAGAGGUGACCUACAGCUUUCUCAUUCGAGUGUCAGUGUCUCCCGCUGCCCCAGGACCCAUCCGGCUGGAGGAGAAUGUCCCUGGGACAGUGACAGCAGUGUGGGAGCCAUCUCCAGAUGACGGCCAGGGUGGCUCACUCUAUUACACUGUGCUAACCCGAUCCUCAGCCGACAUCACCUGGCGGAAGGCCGGGGAUCGCAUCUACACCAACCGUUUUACUCUUGCUGGCAUCCUCCCUGGCCAUCAGUAUUACUUCCGUGUUGUGGCUGAGAACGAGGUGGGAGUCAGUGAGCCUUCUGACACCCUGGACCCCUGGAGUGUUCCCCGGCAGCAAGAUAAGUCCACAGUGAAGAUGCCCAACUUCAGGGAGCCAAAUCUGAACCAGAAGCCAUAUUUUCUGGUCAAUCUACGGACUCACCUGCUGCCUCAAGGCUGUGAAUGCUGCAUGAGUUGUGCUGUGAAGGGAGAGCCUAGACCUAAAGUCACCUGGUUCAAGGAUGAUGAGAGUCUAGAAGGCAAUCCUAAUGUAUAUAGUACAGAUGUCCUGGGUGUCUGCUCCUUGGUCAUCCCCAGUGUCACCCCCAAAGACAGUGGCAACUACAAGGUGGUGGCUGAGAACAGACUGGGCCAGGCAGUCAGCAGAGCUAGCCUCAUUGUUACAGAAUCCUUCUUCUAG